AUGCCCUCCGGAGGCCGCUCUCCCUCGCCGCCGCCCCACGGCCCCUGCCGGGCCGAGGCACGGGGACAGCCCGUGGGCACCGACCGCUCCCCGGUUCCCGGAGAAGACACCCCGGCCCCGGCGCCAGCCUCCGGGGAACUUGCAGCAGCGGUGCCCCGGAGGGGCUGCAGCGGCUGGAAGGGGAGAGGCGGCUCCCGCGGUGUGCUGGCGAUGACUCCCCAGGGCCGGUGUCUGCAGAGCCCGGCGGCCCCGGAGCCGCCUCGGCCCCGCGGCGCUGCGGGCUGCGCGCUGCCACCUUGCAGUCCCCUUGUCCCCAGGCGCGGCGGGUGCCGCCCGGUACCGGCGUGUCUGCAGCCGGCGGAGCCGCGGCUACAGCCGGCCUUGCCGAGAGCCCCACAGCAGCCCAGCCGAAGCCCGGAGUCUACCCUGUUCUUCCGCUCCCUUUUCAUCUCCCUUCCUGCUCUUUUCCUGUCCCUCUUCUCUCUGCCUCUGCCCCGUGUCUGUCUCUUUCCGUGUCUCUCUCUGUCCCUGUCCUUGCCCAGUGCUUUUCAAUCCCGGACUUCUCCUUCUCCCUCCCUCUCUACAGCUCCCUCCCCCGUCCUGUUCUUGUCCGGUCGUCUCCCUUUCCGAGCCUCCCCGUGUUCCUGCCCCCGCCCCGGCCGGUCUCCAUCGCAGCUGUCCCUUCAGCACCACCCGCACCUGCUGCAGCUCCCUCCACCUCCCACCGAGCUCAACCCGGCCAGGAAAAGAGAAAGGUGGUCCUGGGCCCCUGAGGUCCUGACAACUAUCGCGGGGAGAGCAGAAGGGUGGGAAGAGGCAUUCUGCUGCUCCAGCUCGCAGAACACCAUUCCUUCCCACGAUGUGGGUGAGGGAGGCAAGAUGAGCCACCCAUGGCAGGGGAAGGGGAGAGAAGAGGGCUAUUGGACUGCAGCUGUGUCCCCAGAGACAGCCAAAUUCUGCACUGGUGAAAAGUCAAAGAAAAAUGCAUUUUAUAUAAUCUUGGGUCCUAGGCUUACUGGCCAGCACCUCAGCACAGACUCUGCAACUCCACAAGAGAUUCUCCCUUUGCCUGAAGGUUCAGAGCAAAAUGAAAGUGCGUUUCAUGUCUCAGUUUCUAGGGAGAGAGAACUGGAGGAGAGCACGGCUGUGCUUGUCUCCUUCACGUGCACUAACAUGGAAGGUGAUGACAGCAACAGAGUGUUCAAGGGCUCUUUAUUAGAAAUAACUUUUCUCCCCAAUAACUUUCAUGGUUCAACAUUUCCGGGAAAAGCAGGGGAAAUAACAAAAGCAAGUGCAAACGGAGCCUGUAGGCACUGGAUCUGCAGUGAUGAACAGCUAAGAGACACCUCUGGCAGAACUGAAGGAGAAGCUGCUCAGAACGGAUCUAGUUUUCACUCCCACCUCCCUCAUUCUCCUGUCACGACUACUGAGAAUAAAAAUUCUCCAAUAUUCCCUCAACUCAUCAAUUUAAAGUAGACUGAGCCUUGCAAUAGAGAUACAUGACCCAGUCUAGGUUUUAUCUUUAAAUAAUCAGACAGUGUUUUCUCCAUAUUUUAACAGCUUACACCAAAAUAAUAAUAAAA